AUGUUCUGGAAAAACAUGAAGAAUGAGCCUAAACAGGUCCUCAAUUGGACUCUGUGGCUCUCAGUCCUAGUCUUUGGCCUGCUUGGUUCAGCCCGAGGCCUUGAUGAAGGAAACAUCUCAGGUACAUCCCACCAGGUCUCCUUCGAGAACCAAUUCGGGCUCAGAGACCCCAACAAGACCGAAAAAGAAAUCGCAGAUGCCCUCUCCAACAUCACUGCCAUGGUCCAACUGGGCUCUGUGGGAGGUUCCAUUAUCGCCAUGUUCGCCCAAGACAAGAUUGGACGAGUCCGAUGUUUGCAACAGAUGCUAAUUGUGUGGAUCGUCGGUGUUGUUAUCCAAGUCACCUCUCACGGCCAAGGUCAACUCCUGGCUGGUCGAUUCAUUGCUGGUCUAGGAAUCGGUCAGUCCGUCGUUAUUGGUCCCACAUAUCUUGCUGAGGUGUCUCCCAAGAAUGUUCGAGGUCUCUGCACAUGUGUCUUUUCGGGCUCAGUCUAUCUGGGUAUCAUGUUGGAAUACUUUGCCAACUAUUCCACAACACUGAACGUCUCUGACGAGAGCAGAAUGCAGUGGGUACUCCCUACCAGUGUCCAGUUCAUCUUUGCUGGUCUCCUUUUCAUUGGAUCAUUCUUCAUUUACGAGUCUCCAAGAUGGCUCAUGAAGAUUGGCCAGGAGGAAAAGGCAAUGGAAACUCUGUCCAAGAUCAGACAUCUUCCCAUUGACGACGUUUACAUCCAAGGAGAGAUCCUUGAUGUCCGAGAACAGGUCGAGCGAGAAAAGCAGGCCCUAUCUGGUACUAGCAUCUUUUCUAUUUUGAAGGAACUUGUUGCUACUCAGGCCAAUCGAUACAGACUUUUCAUUGGCAUCAUGGUCCAACUACUUGGCCAGUGGUCAGGAGCCAACGCAGUCACCAUCUACUCGCCCCAGUUCUUUGCCAUGCUCGGUGUCACUCUCCGAACUGAUCGAAUGAUGUACACUGCCAUUCUAGGUAUUAUCAAGUUUGCUGCUUCCGUUGUCUGUGCUGUCUUCCUCAUUGAUACCAUCGGCCGACGACGAUCUCUCUACACCGGCGUCUGUCUCCAGUUCAUCUCCAUGCUGUAUCUUGGUAUCUAUCUGUCUAUUGUUCCUGCUAGCUCUGGGGCUGUUGAGGACAGAACUGCUUCCCAGAGACAUGCUGGAGGAGGUGCCAUCGCUGCCAUCUACCUGUCAGGUUGCGGGUGGGCUCUCGGCUGGAACUCCAUCCAGUACCUCAUCAACGCUGAAAUCUACACUGUUCGACACCGAUCACUUGCCUGCGGUAUCAUCAUGGUAUUCCACUUUGUCAACCAGUAUGGUAACUCCAAGGCACUCCCCUACAUGCGAAAGUCUCUGACUGACCAUGGAACCAUGUUCUUCUUCUCUGGUGUGAUUCUCAUCGGUCUGGCCUGGUCAUGGUUCUUCCUUCCCGAGGUCUCCGGAAGAUCUCUGGAAUCUAUCGACGAGAUGUUCUCUCUACCUUGGUAUCUCAUUGGACGACGAGGAGCCAAGCUUGUGCCCGAAACAAGCACCACUACCCAGCUGCAGGAAGACGACGAUCUGGCCAAGGAGAAGAAGGGAGCCACUGUUCACGUGGAGACCUGUUAG